AUGAGCUUGAAAUAUGGGUUCGGCGGGAUAGGAUCGACCCUGGCGGUCGUAGGAGCCUACAUGCUCUUCACCGGCAGCGGUGAAUCUUUCAACGUCGGCGCAUUCCUCGAAUCCGUCUCGCCGUACGCGUGGGCUGGGCUGGGCGUCUCCCUCUGCAUCGGGCUCUCGGUGGUUGGCGCAGCAUGGGGCAUCUUCAUCACAGGCUCGUCCAUCCUCGGCGGCGGUGUCCGGGCCCCGCGGAUCCGAACCAAGAACCUGAUCUCCAUCAUCUUCUGUGAGGUCGUGGCCAUCUACGGAGUCAUCAUGGCCAUUGUGUUCUCGGCCAAGAUGAACGCGGUCCAGGGCGAGGCUGCGUACUCGGGCGACAGCUAUUACACCGGCUACGCGCUCUUCUGGGGCGGCGUCACGGUCGGCAUGUGCAACUUGAUAUGCGGUGUUGCCGUCGGCAUCAACGGGAGCGGCGCCGCGCUGGCGGAUGCUGCGGAUCCCACUCUAUUCGUCAAGAUGCUGGUUAUCGAGAUCUUCAGCUCGAUAUUGGGCCUGUUCGGCCUCAUCAUGGGCCUGCUCGUGUCCAACAAGGCAACCGACUUUGGCGCCGGCCCAGCUCCCUCUCUCCGCCCUUAA